CAGAGAAUCCAUCGACAACAGUGCUGCACCUUUGUUUAGAACGCAAAGAGAGGAGCACUGCCGAAGCAAACAGGCACAUCACAGAAAUAUCUUGGCUUUGAUGUGUGAAGAUGAUGGUGGAAUCAGACUCUGAUCACGGUCCAGAGUGUGUGUCUGUAUGCAACAAGUCUGCAACUCUGACAGGCCAAGGGCCACCGGUGUUGGUUAAUGCCUGGCUGGUCCCCACUUUCUUUGGCUUCAUCAUGCUGAUCGGUCUAGUUGGGAAUUCUUUAGUGAUCCAUGUUAUCACCAAACACCAGAAGAUGAAGACCGUUGCCAAUUUCUUUAUAGUGAAUCUUGCUGCAACUGACAUCUUGUUUCUUAUUUGCUGCGUACCCUUUACUGCCGCACUGUACCCACUGCCCAGCUGGAUCUUUGGAGAAUUUAUGUGCUGUCUGGUGAACUAUCUUCAGCAACUGAAGAUUUGGGGUAACUGCAUGUCUUACUCCAACUCUUCUGUAAACCCGUUUGUGUAUGCUUUCAUGGGCAACAACUUUAGAAAGGCUUUCAAGCAUGCCUUCCCUGCCAUUUUGCUGUGGCGCUCAAGAGGGAAAGUCAGAGUGGGAAACACGGACGCAGAGGAAGGAGUAGAGACGGCUCAUCGGGCACCCAAAGGAGAAGCAGAGAUGCACUUUCUUUCAUCUAGCCCCUAA